AUGUCUGGCUCCGAACCACGGCUGGGAAAUGCGCCGCCGGCUUCGUCCGCCGCUGGACCACCUGAACGGGAGCCGUUGGGCCUGGAUGCUCCCGGCGGCCAAGUCGAGGCGGCGGCGGCGCCCCACGGAUUCCGGGGUCAGCCGAAAAAUCAGUUCUAUUUUGUCGACUCAAGCUCAUCAUCCAAAGAAAAGCGCGCUCAUGUAAUGCGCCACCAUGUCCAGGAAAAGCGCAAGCAGCGCAAAAUGUCACAUGGAUCCCUCCAGCCGGAUCAAAUCCGAGAAUCCAUAUCCUGGCAGGCCAGGAAAGACUCGGGCUAUGAUACGGACACACAACCGGAGGCGGCCGUGCUACCGGACCCCCAGGGACCUUCGGUCGAUCAGGAUUCUUCGGUAUGGACAGCAAGUCUGGCGUCAAUGCGACUGCAACGACAUGACCUGACAGUGUCAACCUGCGGGCAGAGGUUCGGCGAUCUCAAUGCUAAUGAUCUCGAUGUUCAGUUGCAAAUCAGGUUCUCAACCGUGAAACCCUACGCCCAGCCAGCCGUGCCACUACAACUGGGCUCCCCCAUGACCAUGCUCGAUGCGUCACGAAAGGAUCCCUUUGGGAGCUUACCGAUCGCCCGGAACCCAGAGGACUUGGAAUUGGUGGACUACUGGACUAGCAAAUUGGCGUACUGGUCGGGACAGAACCCAUACGUCAAGAAUCAAAUCUUUCGAACCGCCAUGGAACAUCCCGUGUCGUUCCAAGCGGUCAUCCUCUGCUAUUGCGCUCGAUGGAAGGCUCAGCUCUAUGGAGUCACUGAGAGCCCGGAGGUCACACGACAUGUCGGCCAAGCCCGGCAAAACAUUGAAGACGCCGCCAAGGGCUUGAUACAAGUCCCUCCCGACCAAUUGGCCAUGGCCCUCUCAGGAAUGGCUCUUGGAGAAGAACGAUUUGGCGAUAAAAUAGAGGGUCAAAGAUGUCUGAAUCAGGCCGCUCACAUCAUGCGACCCCGCACUGGAAGCCAUCCAGGCGUGGAGGUGUUUCUUCAUUAUGUCCGUUAUAUCCAACUGCCGCAACACAUAACAGCUGAUCCGACCGAUCAGCGAUGGCUCAUUGCCUUCCUCCGAGGAGCGGAGGAUCUCAUGCGGCGACACAGCUCCUCGACCUAUCUCUCUCAAGUCCCCCAGCGAGGCGAUGCAUUCCAAAUGGAAAGUCCGCUGUUCUCCCUCUUGUCCAGUGGGCCGCGGCCAUCCUCUGUCCCGCAGGCGUCUCGCAUGUACGUUGUACGCGACGCGCAGACCCAAGAAAUUAGUCGCACGGCUGCGCUUAUCAACAUCACCGCCGCUCUGUGGGAUUUUAAAGAUUCUGUCCACAAGACCGGUCGGUUCCUUACAUAUCUAAGUGCCAUGAUUGCACACCAUCAGCUCGACCGAGAGCCCGCUUGCGAAACCCUUCUCUGGUUGUUAUUGGAGCAAGGCUGCGACCCCGACCUGCGGGUUCCCGAGCGGGCAUGGUCGACAGGCGAGCUGCUGACCACUCACAAACAGCUCCGACCCGACCAACAAUUUCACUUUAAUGAAAUCCUCAUGAGUUUCCUCACCAUGCGACCGCCCAUUCGUGGCAUCGAUAUCUUCGAGAACGAACUCUGGGCGGCCUCGAAUACUUAG